AUGAAGAAUCCGAUGGUACAGAAGCGGAUUACUAUUGAAGGAAUAAAAAAGGAUCCAUGGUUCCAAAAAAAUUAUUUGCCUGUUAGACCUAGAGAAGAUGAAAUGGUGACCCUGGAUGAUGUUCGUGCAGUUUUUGAGGACAUUGAGGACAAAUAUGUAAAUGAGGAAUCCCAACAUAAUGGUGAUGGCCCUUUGAUAAUGAAUGCAUUUGAAAUGAUUACCCUUUCUCAGGGUUUAAAUUUAUCGGCCUUGUUUGACAGGAGACAGGAUUAUGUCAAACGACAGACUCGUUUUGUUUCUCGACAACCUGCAAAGCUUAUACUUGCAGCAAUUGAGGCUGCUGCAGAAUCAAUGGAUCUCAAGGUUCACACUCGUAACUACAAGACGAGAUUGGAAGGUGUAUCUGCUAAUAGAGGCUGUCAAUUUGCUGUUGUCCUUGAGGUUUUUGAAGUUGCACCAUCUCUCUUUAUGGUGGAUGUCCGAAAGGCAGCUGGAGAUACCCUCGAAUACCACAAGUUCUACAAGAACUUCUGCUCCGUGAUUAAUCAUAUAAUUUGGAAACCGAGCGAGCGUAUGCCGAAUCCUGUUUGA